AUGAAUAAUGAUAAUACAAACAACAAUGAAAAUUUAAAUGGAUUAGAUCUUCAACUUAGCAUAUUUGGAAUAUAGUUUUAUGCAUUAGGAUUUGAUUAAUAUUUUUAUAUAGAUGUUCCAGGAUUAAAUAGAGUAGAUUAUUUAGAUGAAGAAGAUGAUAUCAUAGGAGAGUGGAGAUAAUCUCAUAGAAGAGAAAGACAUUCACCUAGGUAAUAUAUUGAAAGAAAUGUAGGGAAAAAUAUUAAAAUCUUUAAAAAUAUCUUUAAAAGUGUACAGAGCCUAUUUAAAAUGAUCAUUUGGAUUAACAAUAACCAUACAUCAAAGUUACUUCCUAAAGAAAUAUGAGUGUUAAUAAUUAAUAUUUUAUUAACGAAUUUGGGUAAUUAUAAUAAGGAUUUUUAUAGACUGAUUGGCUCUCUAAAAAAUACAAACUCAAAGGAUAUUCUAAUAGGAAGAUCUCAUAGAAACUAAAAUCAAGAUCUUAUUCCGAAUGAUAUAAGUAGAAUUGAAAUAACAUUUUGAUUAGUAUUACCAGAAGAUCGUGUAAUUUCAAGAAUUCAUUGUAAAAUAGUUUGCAAAGAUUACUUUAGAAAAGAUUAAAUUCUAUAAAGAAAAUAUCAAUUGGUUCUAAAAUAUAUUAAUUUACCAACCUUGGUCAAACAUAAAAUAAGUUAAUUUUUAGAGUAUUUUUAUUUUAAAUUAUAUAUUAGAGAACCAAAGAAUGUAUAUGUAUAAGAUUUAGGUAGUAUAUGUGGAACUUAUCUGAGAGUAUUCAGAUAAGAACCAUAUGUUUUAUCUUAUGAUAAUAAAUUUAGUAUAGGCAGUGAUACUUAUUUUAGCAUUGUAUUAAAUGAAAAUUAUAAAUUAAAUUCAAAGGAUAUUGAUUAAGAAUUUUAUAGAACAUUAAAAAGUUUAUCUUGUUUGAAAUUAUCUUAAAAACAUGAAAUUCAUUUUGGAGAUAAAUCUAAAUAAUAAGAAUUUUAAUAAUUAGAAGAGGAAGUAACUAAUAUAGGAUUUAAAGAACUUUAUAAUAAGUUAAAAGAAUAUAAAGUUCCAAUUUUAGCAAUUAAAUUUUCUGGUUAAGGAGUUGAAUCUAAUAAAUAACAUAAUAUUCUUAUUGGAAGAUCUAAUUUAGAUACAGAAGAAUUCUGUAUAGGAAGAGGAGCUGAUAAUACAAUAAAGAUCAAUUCAAAUACUAUUUCUAGAAAAUAAUGCAGAAUUAAAUAUUCAGCUUUGUAAAAAAAGGUUUCUAUAUAAUAUUGUUAGAUAUCAAUCUUGGGUGAUUUCAGAUGGAUUUUAAGAUAGAGAUUCAGCCAAUGGUACUUGGGUCAGUCUUUCAACAGUUGAAUAAUCAGAAAAGAAAAAGGAAUCAAAUUAAAUUUUAUUGAAAAAUAAUUCAGAAAUAAAAAUAGGAGAUUUCAUAUUAAAAGUUGAAUUAGUUAAAGGAUAGAAGACUAAGUUUGGACAAUAUAUUAAAGAAAUGAUGUCUCUUUGA